AAGGUGGCGGUAUGGAGCCAUCAGUUCUCUUUUACUUUCAUUGGCUGCGAAGAAGAGCGGAACCGCUGUUGUCAGAGAUGUUGCUGUGGAUACGUGAAGUUUACAACUCUCAAAGCUUUUUAAGAUGUCUCCAUCACUGAUUGGUGUUUAGAGCCACUUUCCAUCCCAGUCUACAUUCACUAUGCUGCAAGCAGAGACCCUCCAACUGCUGUGCCUCACAGCCACCAGUGGGGUCCCUCUGUUUUCACGAGGCUCUGUAAAGCAGCUUCCCUUUUCCAUCAUCGGCUCCCUAAAUGGUGUCCAUAUGUUUGGCGCCGGCCACGGGGCUCAGUUAGCGAGCUGUGAGACGGAUCGAGGGAGCCGUGUGGUUUGGGGGGUCUUUCAGGAGAGCCUGAUGCUGAUUGCGGUGAGUGGCGGCGGGGGCUCCGCCAUCAGUGAGCUGCAGCUGCGCCGCCUGCUGGAGAACGUGUGGAACUGCAUGGUCCUGGUCCUGGGACAGGACGAGCUGGCAAACAUACGCAACGUGGAGCGGCUAAAACGGGAGUUGCGCUCUUGCUACCGCCUGAUCGACAUGCUCCUGGAGCGCGUCAGUGACGAUCAGGGAUUUAUGGGAGAUCUGACGCAGUGUGCCGACUGUUUGCUUCUCUCCCACUCAGGCUUGCUUCAGGAAGCCCUAGACUCCUUCGCCCAAGCAGCGGAGAGUGAAUUUGGCUGCCUGCUGGUGCACGGCCGUGUGGCACAGGCCACGGAGAAGUGGUGGUCUCGACUGACGUCCCAGGAAGUUGUUGUGCUCUCAGUCUUGGUGCACUCGCUCUCCGGUGCAUCUUCAUGUGACUACCCCGUCUUCCUUCCCCAAGGAAGUCCUACCGUCGCCAUUCGCUUGCUCAGUUUCCAACUACUUCCUGGGGUUCACGUGUGUGUCCUCUGUGGCCCCAAACCCUCUUUAUACAAGGCAGAGAAUGAGCUCAUCGGUCGUUUUUGGUCCACUUUUGUGGAGAACCUGCGCAGCUGUUUGGAGCAGGCCAAACAUUCUACUCUUCCCCCGUCUGUUAGCCUUCGCUGGGACAUCCAGGCGCUUCUCCUCAUCAACCGUGAAUCUCGACGUGCUGUCACCGUCUGCCCUCGUGUUCGCAGUGGCGCUCCUUUGGAGGCUACGCCUCUCCUCUCGUCAGGCAGGCGCUUGGAGCUCCUCCGCCUUUUUUAUACGUUUGCCGUGACUCGAUAUUUUACCUCUCAGGAGACAUCAGUUUCGUCAGCCUCAACUACCUCAGAGGAUUUCUUUCAGGGUUUUACCCAUGUCCCUGUGCAGUGUUACCUUGUCACAGAUGAGUGUAAGUGUUAUGGCCUGCAGAGUUCCCAACACCAGCUCUUCCUCCUCAUGGAUCUCUCUGUGCCUACGUUUGCCUUGCGUACUGUGGCUACACAGACUCUCUCAGCGAUAACUGCUGCAACUGGUUUUUAGGGCAUUGGUUUGAACAUGUAUGGGUUACUUAACCAGGUAGCAGACUUACUGGAUUUGCAAAAAUGAACAGCUCAAGCAUUAAUAGUAGAGGAUAGUUCACAUCAAAUUAAAACUGUCAUAAUUUUCUUACCCUCAUGUCCUUGUAUGAGCUGUUUGAGUUUGUGUUUUCUGCAAAAAAACAAAUCUUCCAAAAAUGGUCCAUACAAUGACAGUAAUUUUUCGAAACAACAGUGAAUCACAUUGAGAAAAAAAUGGCAAGACAUGUUUCCAAAUAUCUUCUUUUGUGUUGGCAUGCAGAUUUGGAAUGACAUGAGGGUGAGUAAAUGAUGACAGAACUUUCAUUUCGGGUGAACUAUCCCUUUAACUGGUCCCUGGCAAUUUCUGGCUGUGAUCAUCAGGCUCGUGCCUUGUUGUAUAUUAAUCAAAAGAAGACUUUUUGUUAACACUUUACAAUAAGGUUCAAUUUGAACUAGCAAUGAACUAUGUACACCAUUUAUUAAUAUUAGUUGCUGUAAUGUUAUUUCUGCAUCUACUAAUACAGUUUUAUUUUUAAAGAAGUUUAUAGUAUGAAUUAAACAUUGAACAACAGCAUAUUUAUAAAUUAACAUAAACCUAUA